ACACUUGUAUUGCCGUAUGAAUGAAACCUGUCAGUGUUGAUGUUACUGAUAAAACUUGUGAAAUUUGAAGCAUGUACAUUAAAAGUAGCUCAUGACAGCUCAUCAUUGUAGUUGUGACGCCGCUGUCAUUUGAGUGUGAACGAGCCUCCGCCGCUGCCAGCUAAGUGUAUUAGCUCUCCUCGCAGUCCAGCAGUACUGUCCACAGAGGAGUGUAUCCUUUCAUUUUAGAUAGCCUGUACACAUCCUCGUAAAGGUUAUCAAUAUGGCUUCAUGGAUUAUUCAGAUGGCUGUGAUGGUGCUAUCUGUCUUCAUCAGCAGCUGCCAGGGAAAGAAGGACAAGGUGCUGUACUGUUCUGCAUGCAAGGCGAUUGUGGAUGAAUUGAACUACUCAAUCAGUCAGGUGGACCCAAAGAAAACCAUCAACAUCGGCAGCUUUAGACUCAACCCUGAUGGAACCAUGCAAGACAAAAAGGUACCGCUGGCUCGCUCAGAGACUCACCUCAGUGAGCUCCUGGAUGGCGUGUGCAGCAGCAUGAGCGACUACGCCCUCCACGUGGACCCCGACACCCAGCAGAAACAGUACAUGAGGUUUGCUCCCAGAAGCAGCGGGGCCACCGGGGACUUCCCUGACUUUAAAAACUUCCAGUUUGAUGGACCUGACGCUUCCAACGCCUUGAAAUUCGCAUGUGAAUCCAUCGUGGAGGAGCUGGAGGAUGAUAUCAUCUCUCUGUUCAGCCAGGACACAGAGCAUGUGCACCAAGAGUUAUGCAACAGAGUCUCAGACUACUGUAAAGACGCCACUCACACAAACGAGGAGUUAUAGUGUCGUUUGAUAUUUUCAGUG